CCCAAGCCUUAGCUCAAAUUCCUAUGUGCCAACAGCGUUGUCAUACUACUGCUACGGCUUUAUAUGUUGUACACUUAUCCGGGAUCUUAAAAUUAAACCAUUUUGGCACACCUGCCAUAAUACAUUUUUUUCCUUCAAAAUAACGAGUGAGAUAGAGACCAGAUAAGUUGUGGUAUAGUAUAACUACCUAGAACAUAGUCAUCAUUCGACGUGACGUCAUCAUGGAGAAAUCUGCUUGUGAGUGUGAGAAUUAUAUUAUAUUUUUAUAUAUUAUAUUUUUAUAUAUAUUAUAUUUAUAAAUAUUAUAUUUUUAAGGCAAAAAAGUUAUACACAGUCGGCUGGGAAUAACACCCAUCGGCAGCGGUAUUUCCAUCAGACAAAUAAGUUUUCUACUUUAAAAAAAGGAGAACGUAGCGGAUGUCAAGAUCAUGAAAUCAGCCGUGGUGUGUUUGAGUGGGAAGUGGGGAUGAACGGGGCUUGGGAGCGAGAGUGAAUUAUUUUCAUGUUACGUUCAUGAACGAUGUUGGAGUGAACGAGUGAAUGAAAGGUGGAUAUAAAAGGGUUCACAGACGUGAGAGGGAGGGGAGAGGAUUAUUAUGUUCACGGUGAGACGGUGAACUGAGAUCGUGUUGUGAGACGAGAGAUAGGACUCGCGAGAGCGAGACGUUUGGAUAUAGUGAAUUUGUCAGGAUAUAUUUGCAGACUGGGAUAUUAUCAUAUAAUUUUGAUUCGUAUUGAAUUAUCUGUGAAGACGCAUUACGGCUGUAAUGCUGUCAUGAAUAAAAAGACUUAUGCACCUUGAAGGUUAUUGUUUUUGUGGUUGAAUCAGACACCUAGACAACGAGCCAAAUAUUCCACCACUAGAAUAUUUGAAUUUGACAGCGGAAUUUGAAUUAUAUUUACAGGCUAUAACUGUACAUAAACUGUAAAUUAUAAAUUGUUUACGUUUUUUAUUUUAAAAGACUUUACUUUGCUAUGAUAGAAUUCAAUUUUCUUUUAAAAAAAUAUAUUAAUACACCGAUGAUAUGUUUUUAAGUAUUUCAUUGAUUAUUUUUUUUACGCCACCGCCAUCUUGGUUGACAUGACACAGACUCUGUCGUCAUGACAACCGAGAGUGGCGCGGUGAACCAACAUUUACUCAUUUUAUUUCUCGACCUGUAACGCAAGACAAGGCAAAGCUACUAUAUGUUAGCAUAAAAAAAUAAAUUAUCGCCAUAUAAAGUCGAGGUAUCUGCCGUUUUCAUUGAUAGUGCAUUACAAUGGCAUUAAUCCAUCCAUAUCACCAUGAUCAUAUAUUAAAUCAUAAAUUUAAUAAAGAAUAUAUAGUUAUACAACUUAUAGCCAUUAGAAUAUCAUUUUUCUCAUUUUUAAAUGUCAUCAUUAUCCCAAGUGGGCCUCAGCGUAUUAAUAUUUAUUAAUAACUAGCGGAUAUACCCGGCGUAGCCCGGGAUUGCAUUAGGACAUCGAUCCUGGUGGGACCUCAGUUCCGUUUUGACGCCGAUCCCGGCGCAAUCCCGUUUCCAGAUGUGAUCCCAAUCCCGAUGGGAUCCCAUUUUCUUGUGGCUCCGGAUCCAGGGGAAUCCAGAUCCCGGUGGGAUCCCGAUCCCGUCGGUAUUUCGAUUCCGAUGGGAUCCCGAUCUUGGUGGAUCCCGAUGGGCUACCGAUCCCGUUAGGAUACCGUUCUCUAUGGGAUCCGGUUUCACCUAGGGACCCUCUUUUCCAAUAUUAUCCAGGGGCCCCGGUGGUAGCCCAUUUAAUAAAGUACCUUUUUAGUUAUGUCUGAGAUGGGGGGGGGGGAGGGGGGGCUAUACAAAUAUUUCAGAUAAAUUAUAGAAUAACAAUUUAAAAUUUGUCCCAUUAAAAUCGAUUUAAAAAUGCCAUAGAUAUGGCUUUUUAAAAAAAUUGAACUUAUGGAAAAUUCUGGAUUGGAUAUUAUUAGUUUUAAAGCCGUCGAUAUUUCAAUACGAACAAAGCUAGGCUUAUAUAAGGAAAAAUGAAAUGGGGCCCCCCAGCCCAAGAGAAAUGGAUAUUAUGAGUUCAGUACCCUUUGGUAUAUGAAUAUGAAUGAUUAUACGAAUGCGUAAUAAGUUUGGUCAAGAUCCAUCCAUUCAUGUAGGAGUAAUUUUUAGUAAUUUUAUUUCUAUAGCUCAUAUAGGAAAAAAAACGACAUUUUGGGCCCCGGCCCCAACGGAAUAUUAUAAAAAGUUCAUAACCCCUUAAGAGUUCCUUCCGAAUAAUGAUGGAUAUAUGUGCCGAGUAUGGUCAAGAUCCAUCAAUCCAUGUCAAAACGUAUGUGUAACAAACCCAGCCACCAACGUUCACUUUUAUAUCCAUGUAUAUGUAUGAUAUGAUGAUAUGACUAGCGUAUAUAUGAAAAAAUGAAAGACCAAUAGAAAGACAGUAAAGCAGAAAGUAUAAAUUUCAAUGGACACAACUUUCAAGAAACUCUUCAAACUCUCACCGCAAAAAGUGAACAAUGAAUUAAAAUUAAAAUAUUUUACCGUUCUUGUGGAAAGUUUAGGAAAAAAUCUGUGCAAUUGUAGUUGGCUAAGAGUGUGUAAGGCGAUAACUAGAAGAUGGAAUUCAGGAUAAGUCUUUUUACCAACACAUCUGUAGUUUUAUGGUUUAUUUUUCAAGAUUUACCCCUACUAUAUGGUUACAUGUCCUGGGCCAAACUGAUCUCAGUCGUCCAGCCCCCCCCCCCCAAUUAUCAUCCUUUUAAUCUGUAAAUGGUCCGUGCUUGCCAUCACAUCAGUUGCAUUCUUUUUAUUGUUAGAAUCAUCUCUGGGCCAAACUGAUCUCAGUCGGCCAGCCCCCCCCCCCCCAAUUAUCAUCCUUUUAAUCUGUAAAUGGUCCGUGCUUGCCAUCACAUCAGUUGCAUUCUUUUUAUUGUUAGAAUCAUCACCAUGGGAAACAUAGACACCAAGGUAACGGGCCUGUCAGUUUCAAACUCCUCGUAUUUCAGUGAAGCUUUUUUAUCAUUGCAGCAAACUUAUGUUCACUGAACGUGUCUCUUCAUUUUGCAACAAAACUCAAGUUGGUUUUUUUUAGUUGUUUUUUUUAUCUACUAAACAACCCGUGCUGUUUCCUUGCUGGGGAAACAAGACUUAAAGACAGGUAGUGGCUGACCCAGAUGACUUCACGGGUCAAUUUGAUCGCCAGCCCAUGCUUCGUUGACCGCAUGUCAUUUAACAUAUCAAAUAAAAUAAACACCAAAACAGACAAAAACAAAAAAAUAAUCACCCACCACAAAAUAAACAAUAUGCGUAGUCAUUUAUUUAUUACUGAUUCACAUAGUUCUCAGACACAUUGUUAUGUGGAGCACAGAUAUAUAAAGAUUUAAAAAAAAAUAAUAUAAUUCACAUAUUCCAUAAAUUCAACUGCCCAUCAAAAACAAGAAAAGAAGCUGAAAUUGAAAGAAGAUAGUAGUUAAUCUGUGAUUCACCUUGUAUAAAUCUGACAGGCUGCAAUAUGCAUGUACAGACCCCCAGGUUGUCCAUGACUGCUUUAUUUUAAUACAAUAGAAAGGCAUUAAAAUAUAUUUAUAUAUAUAUUAGCGUUCUUACCAAAUACAAAUAAUUUGUAAUUAGGAGGAGUGUUUGAAUAUUUAUUCAAUGAACAUAAAUACAACUUGCUUACACUGACUUCCCUCCUACAGCACAACAAGAGAAUGCCCCUCCACCAGACUACAACCAGCAAUCUGGAUACCCUGGAUACCAAGGCCCCACCCCCCAAGCGGGCUACGGGUACCCUCAGCAAGGCUUUGCCAGCCCACCUCAACAAGGGUAUGGACCCCCGCCAAACUAUAUGGGCGGAGCUCCACCAGGACAGUAUCCCCAACAGCAGUUCCAAUAUACCAACACCAACAAUGUUGUGGUAAGCUCUAAGUGCCACUGUUACUCUGAUCGGUAAACGAACAAUGAAGCUUAACUCAGUCCUCAGCUUUCUUUUAUGUGAUAGUUAUUAAGCUGCUACAAUUGUAUUCUAAGGCAAGAAAACAAUACGGUAUUAAAAUUGUAUUUCUGUCCCAAAUGAGUGUCCUGUUGCUUCAUACUUUUAAACAGGAUUGGUUAGUCCACAUCUUAAAUCAAUUUAAAUCACUCAACAACAUAACCCUAUGUUUCACUUAAAUAAAAUUUAAUUUCAAGAGAUUCAUUUUUUAAUAUAACAAUGACAGACUCACUGCCUAAGGGAAGAAUCUUCCUCUAGGCCCUGUUCUGAGAGAUUGAGACCCUACUAAAAAAACAGGUCUGCCCCUCAAUAUAAGAGAUUUUAGCAAAACAAUUUUGUAUACAUUUUUCUUCUACAUGUAGGCCUAAUUCUUGAUUUGGCACCCAACAGGUAACCCAACAGCCAGGUAGUUUUCCUGUUGUGGCUGGUCCACCACCAGCUGACCACAUGUGUGCAGCUAUAUUUGUUACAAUUUGCUGCUUCUGGCCUACAGGCAUCUUAGCCAUAAUGAAGGCAAACGAAGUGAGUAGCCUAUUCAACCACUUGGUAAAAUGUACCGGUAUUGCCAAUAUUUCCUUAGCACAGCUUGUUGUAAGAACUGGUAAACUGCAUAAAAGGGAGGAGACUAAUUGGUUGAACCCUUUUUGGAUGACAUGUAAUAAUAAGUUUGUUCCUGUUAUUAUUUUUAGAAUUGUAAUUUUUCAAUGUAUCUUCUCUGUUAAUAGUUACAUUUCGCCAAGCUCUCAUGAUAAAGUUUUUUGAAAAAAAUAAAUUCAUGAUUUCCAAAACCUUUACCUUUUUUUUUCUUUUGAAAUAAAUAAAAAUGCUGCCCUCCAUACUUGUGUGUUAUCUAGGCCUACAUAUCAUUAAACUUAAAGCAGGGUCCCCACCAUACCUUGUCCCUUAGCCACAUUCCACAUGUCCCAUUAAAAGACAUUCAUAUCUAGGUAACACCACUGAGUUUUGUACCAGUACCGGUAUUACUAUAUAAAUUUGUUGAAAAAAAUGUCAGCUUAAAUUUAGACAAUUUUUUCAUUCUAUAAUUUAAAAAAAACAUAUAUUUUUUUUUUUUUUUUUUUUUGGGGGGGGGGGGGGGGGUUGUAGUAAGGUCAGAAAGAAGAAAAAUUGCAUCAUUUAGACCCCACUAUCAUGUCAGCUAACACUAACUAGUCCAUGUUUAACUGUAGAAUUUUACAACAUUAAUGUUUUAUAAAUGAGUGUCUGGUUGUUUUUACAUUACCUUAAUGAAUUUUAUAAAUAACUUAAUAUAUGUCUUCUGUGUAUAUGUUAUAUAUACAUAGACUAAACCUUUUUCUUUUUUUCAAAUAUUUUCGCACUGGAUAAACAUUCGUUUUAUGCAUCUCCAGUUUUCCAAAAACUUCGUACAGCACUGAGUUUGUCUUGAUUCCUCUAUCUCUAGGCUCGGAAUGCUUUGGCUCGUGGAGACAUUCCUACCGCGACGGCCCACGCCAGGUCAGCCCGGAGCAUGGUGAUAAUCAGUGUGGUCAUCGGCAUCAUCGCAUUAGUCAUAGCUGCCAUUAUAAUUGGGGUGUACGUUGGUCUGGUCACGACAUCUGUACGCGUGAACAGUUCAUAUGGCUAAAGCGAUUAACUAGCAGGGCUUCAAAUGAGGCAAGCAGAAACAUUAAGUAAAUUUUUUCUAUUUUUACAAACAUCAGUGCUCCUAUUAAUUUAUAUAAAAUAUGAUAUUAGGUUAAAGUUCAAUGUGUUACAAAUGUAAUUUUGCCACGUUUGUGAUUGUUAUCUUGUUUUAAAAGUAGGGCUGCUACGUAAUGAUCUGAGGUUUGAGUUGAAAUAUUUUGGGUUUUUAAAAUAGAAUAAACUUCCAUAUCCGUCAUUGUGAAACCUCGUCCACUUUUAAAAAGUCCCUUAAAACCGAUCUGUUUAGGUCCGCCUAUGACCUGUGAUGCACCCUCCUUGCCCUGCCUCAUUUUCUGUCUCGGGUUAAUCAUCCUGUAAUAUAGGCCAAAACGUGCCAAAGUGUCCUCGUUUUAUAGCCAUUUUAAUUGUUUCUAUAGUAUAGUAGUUACUAUCCUAGUGUCUCAUUUUUAUUUUAGUUAGUUUACGUGUUUUUAAUAAUUGUAAAGCGCUU